CAUUGUCUAGUAGUAAAUACUAUGCAAAGGAUGUAUCUCCCGUGCCGAUUUACGGGAAUAUUACGGUCUUGAUGCAAUGCACUCAAAGAUAUAUCUUCAAAUGAUUGUAAACGUUGCCUACAGACAAGCGUUGAUUACUAUAAGAAAGAGCUCCAUGGGAGGAAAGGCAGUAUUAUAAUGCGGCCAAGUUGCUUUUUCCGGUGGGAAUUGUUUCCAUUCUCUGGUGUUUUUGAUAAUAUUAAUCUUCAGUUUCGGCCAUCAUUGGCGCCUUCGCUGCCGCCUUCAUCGCCGCAUUCUGAAGCCGACCUGACCAGUAAAACCAAAACAAAAGAUAAAUGGUUCUCUGGAGGAAAGAUCGCUGCAACAGUCAUUGUUGUUUUCGUUGCCAUAAUAGUAAGUGUCGUAGGCAUAGCUAAGAGAAGAAAGCGAAAGCAAGACAUUGAACUUCCAACGGAAUCUGUUCAAUUCGAUUUAAAAACAAUUGAAGCUGCGACAAACAACUUUUCAGAGCAUAACAAGCUUGGUGAAGGUGGAUUUGGUGAGGUUUACAAGGGUAUGCUUAUGAAUGGAACUGAAGUUGCAGUAAAGAGACUCUCAAAAACAUCAGGACAAGGCGAAGUAGAGUUCAAGAACGAGGUUGUUGUUGUUGCAAAGCUUCAGCACAGAAAUCUUGUUAGACUUCUUGGGUUUUCGCUACACGGAGAAGAGAAAUUACUCGUCUAUGAGUUUGUUCCUAACCAAAGCCUCGAUUAUUUCCUCUUUGACCCUAGUAAGAGAGUUCAGUUGAACUGGACAGUGAGACGCAACAUCGUUGUGGGAAUCACUCGAGGAGUUCUAUAUCUUCAUCAAGAUUCACGGCUAAAAAUUAUACACCGCGACCUCAAAGCAAGUAACAUUCUCUUAGAUGCUCACAUGAAUCCGAAAAUCGCUGAUUUCGGAAUGGCAAGGAUCUUUGGAGUGGACCAAACUGUAGCCAAUACAGCAAGAGUAGUUGGGACCUUCGGUUACAUGCCACCUGAAUAUGUGACGCAUGGCCAAUUCUCGACGAAAUCAGAUGUUUAUAGCUUUAGAGUCUUGAUCCUUGAGAUCAUUAGUGGCAGAAAGAACAGCAGCUUUUACCAAAUGGAUGGUUUGGUUAAGAACUUAGUCACAUACGUCUGGAGACUUUGGGAGAACGAAUCAUUGAUUGAGUUUGUAGAUAAUGGUAUCAAAGAAGAUUGUAAACGCGAUGAAGUCAUUAGAUAUAUUCAUAUUGGGAUGUUAUGUGUUCAAGAAAAUCCUGUAGAUCGUCCAACAUUGUCGACUAUAUACCAAAUGCUCACAAACAGCUCAGUCACUCUGCCUGUGCCUAGGACACCUGGAUUUUUUUUUGGGAACGGACCAAGAUCAAACCCUUUAGCCCAUGGAUUGGAGCCAGGUCAGUCGAGUAGUAAGUCUAUUCCUUGUUCCGUAGAUGAAGCAACAAUCACCGAUGUUACUCCUCGUUGAAAAUUCAACAUGUUCUGUAUGGAUUGGUUUUGGUUGUCAUUUGUUUUAUGUCCGAAGUCAAAAUGCAUUAUUCAAGCUUGAACUUGCAACUUGACUAAGCUCAAGUUCACUUCAAUGUCAACGACAAAACAGAAGA